AUGGACUCUCCCCUCCAACAGGCUAGCAUCCCCAUCAUCGACUUUGCGCCGUUGCUUAGCGGCCGAUCUGACGAUGCUGCAGCCGUCGGUCGAGCUGUCUACGAGGCAUUUCGAGACUUUGGCUUUGCUUAUCUCAGCAACCAUGGCUUUCCUCAGGAUACCAUAGACGAGGCCUUUAGCUGGAGUGCCAGGUUCUUUGCUCUUCCCCAGGCCACCAAAGAAAUAGCCCCACAUCCACCACAAGGCUGCGGAAUUGGCCGCGAGAAGCUCAGUCAGAUGGUUUUCGACCACGCCGCCAUCGGAGAACUGCGCAAGGUUCCCGACUACAAGGAGUUAUUUGAAAUGGGGCGGGAAGACGAUAUCGCAAUGCCCAAUAUCUGGCUGCCGGAAGAGAUGCUGCCGGGCUUCAAGCUGUUCUUUCUAAAGUUUUACGAGAAGUGCUACGUGCUAGAGCUGCAGUUGCUUCGCGUCAUUGCGUUGGGAAUGGGCCUGGAUGGACGGUAUUUCUGGAAUUACCACACGAACAAGGACAACCAGAUUCGCCUGCUGCAUUAUCCUCCAGUAGAAGAGGCCCAUGUGCGACGCGGGAAGAUGGAACGCUGUGCAAGCCACACGGACUAUGGUACGAUGACACUUCUGUUCCAGGACACUGUCGGUGGCCUCGAAGUCGAGGAUAUCCACGAAAAGGGCAAGUUUAAUCCCGCACCGCCCGUACCUGGAACCGUUUUGGUCAACAUAGGUGAUUUUCUGCAGCGAUGGAGCAACGACAGUCUGAAAUCUACACUACAUCGUGUGCGAGCACCGCUGCUAUCUGAGAAUGGCAUUAUGAAGACUGAACAAGAGGCUUAUGGAAAUGGAAGAGUUACCCCUUCACGCUAUUCGAUCCCAUACUUUGUGUCAGCAGAUCGUGAAAAGGUUAUCGACUGUUUGCCUGGCUGCUCUGGCCCUGAUAAACCGAAAAAAUACGAGCCCAUCAAUAGUGGAGAUUACAUGGCUAUGCGUCUGAACGCUACGUAUUAG